AUAUGUUUUUAAAUCCACAAAUAUUGAUGACGUAUUCAACGAUCGUAGCGUGAAUCUUAGGUUGGAAACUACGAUGUCCAACUUUUCUGUAACCACAGGGAGAGAUGGAAGUCGUUCCUUUGGUGAACAUGAUGAUAGGUGGUCAGAUAGUCAUGGUGGUGGAAAACAAAGAAACCGUGGGCGCGGCGGUAGACCAUAUGGUGGGUACAGAGGAAACAGGGGAGGGAACUACAGCCGCGGAGGGUACCAGAGGAGGGGUAGUGGACGGGGUGGAUACAGCAGAGGACGAGGGAGAGGAAGGGGCGGACCUAACCCCAGGAGUCGGUUAGAUGAGGAUGGAGACUUCAGCAUGGAUGACGAUGGCACCUCCUCUUCCAGGGAAAGAUUUUCUCCGUAUGGUGUACCAAGAAGAUCUGCUGGAAGAGGAAAAAAUAGAAAUGGGGAUAACUAUGCAGUGAUGCAGAGAUUGGGUAUCCCUGUUACAGAUUCUGACAGUCCGCAGUGGCAUAAAGUGGUUAUACCGUUUGGCAGAAAAGGUGGAAAAGAUUUUAUACUUAAGUCACUGAGAGAUAGACUAAACACACCGUUCAAUCCUGUCAAUUUUCACUUUGAACAAGAAAAAGCCAUAUUUUUUGUGCAAGAGAAACAGGAGGCCAUGGCAAUAAGAAGUCAGGAUAAGAAAAUUCAAUUACCGAACGGAUUCAAGAUGAUUUUGAUUGUGAAACCCUGCUCUCCACCAGUAACAGAGAUCAACAGUGAAGCACUAGAGAAACUGAAAGUUUGUAUGAGUUCAAGAUACGACCCAUCAACAAAAUCGCUCAACCUCAGUUGUUUGGCCAAGGACCAGGCAUUGAUGGCAGAGAAUUUGUUUAUGGCACUGAGCCGAAGAAGUGUAAUGACCAGUGUCAUCAAAAUCAUAGACGAAAACAUUCCUGAGCUAGAAGAACUAGAUGUCAGUGACAACAGGCUGAUAUCACUGGAGACAAUGAGGGAGUUACCCACAAAGGCUCUCAAUGUUAAAAAAUUAAACUUGGGGAAGAACAAGUUGUCUCAUAUUGAUGAACUGCGAAAGCUACAAGAUUGGAAGCUUGAACAUCUGAUACUAGAAGGAAACGACCUUUGUGAUAAGUUCAAAGAUCAAACAUCCUACGUUAGCGCUGUAAGGAAGAAGUUUCCAAAAGUUCUGAUAUUGGAUGGACAUACUCUGCCCCCACCCAUUGUCUUUGAUCUGGAAACCAGUUCCGAGCUGCCGGCUGUGAAGGGGAGUUUCUUCAUCAACGACGAGAUACAGAGCUCCAUUGUGCAUUUUCUGAAGGCGUAUUUUACACUUUAUGAUUCAGACAACAGGCAGCAAUUAAUCGAUGCAUAUAGUGAUGAGGCAUUGUUUUCAUUGUCGGCUGCAAGGAAUCCAAACAUAGAAUAUUCGCAACCAAAUAUAAACAAUUACCUCCAAGAAAGCAGAAACUUCGUUAAAAUGAGCAAAGACAGUCAAGGAACAGUGAGGAAAAAUAAGUUGCUAAAAAAAGGGAGAAUAAACGUAGUAGCUCAACUGUGUGAGCUGCCCUCCACUACACAUGACUACAACUCCUUCAUUGUGGAUGUUGAUCAUUCCUCGGGGGUCCUUAGAAGUUUUGUGGUAGAAGGAGUUUUUAAAGAGACUGAAGGCAAGUCCGACAGGCCUCCAACCAGAGCCUUUAGUCGCAAAUUUGUUACAGUUCCACACGGGUCUGGAAUGAACAUCAUCAAUGACAUGCUGACUAUCACCAAUGCCUCCAGAGAACAAAUACAGAAUGCCUUCAAACACCCUGCCCCCACCCCCUCUUCUAGCCCUGUUCCUGAUGCCUCUCCUGCAGCACCGUUUUCUCCGGCCCCCUCUACAUACACAGCAGAACAACAGCAGAUGAUUCAGCAGUUUUCUGCCCAGUCAGGCAUGAACCAUGCAUGGUCUCUUAAAUGCCUGGAACAACAUGCAUGGAAUUAUGAGAAAUCUGGAGAGGUGUUCUUGGAGUUACAGAAACAGAAUAAGAUUCCCCCUGAAGCAUUUGCAAAAUGAAAAUCACCUGGUGAAGAUAGCAGAAAGUCUUCAUUCAUUCAUUCAGUGAACGCCAAGCAGUGUGGAAAAGACACCUGUAAACUGCACCUAUCCAGAGGUUGUUCUCGAGUGUUUUAUAGCAAACAUUAACAUCUCCGGAUUAUGUUGUGCAGGCACAUGAAAGUCAUAAUUGUUUUAAAUUCUAUUUUUAUUCCGUUGAAUUAUUCCGUUAAGAAGUUCAAUGUUAUGUUAUGGCUGAUUGUAUUGGAAAUAGAGUCUUUUUUUUUUAAAUGGAUGCUCCAACUUAAACUUAGAUUUAAAAUUCUUGUUUUAAUGUCAUCUAGGAAUUAUUAAUCAAUGAAUGCAAGUGUACAUAGUGAAAAUGUUAAAUUGCUCAUACCUUUAUAUCUUCAACAAAUUUUACUUGUAAUGCAAAUUGACAGGCAGUGAAUGUUUUUAAUACAUGUAUAUUUGUAUAUUUUAUUGAAAAUGUCAAUUUUGUUUAUGAAAGAAGUCAUUCAUGUC